CUACGACGAGGCGCAGCAGGAGGUGGCCAUCGCCGCGGGGGGCGGUGGCGCGGUGGACGUGACAGCGCCAGCCUGCUUCGAUUUGGAUAUCAAGACAUGGGGGACCGGCUGUGUAAAGGUUCAGAAUAUGGAGUGUGAGAACUGCAGAAUAGAAACUGAGAAGGGGACUAGCAUCUUACAUUCCAUAAAGAGUCAUACAAUCCAUGUGCGAACUAAUGGAGGCAAAAUAAUUGGUCUGGGAAGUCUUCAGGGAAAUACAGAUAUUCAUGCGAUGAAGGAGAGUAGUGUGAAUAUAGAGAAGUUGCAGGGAACAUCUAUCAACAUAUCUACUGAGGAUGGUUUGUUAAAAACCAAGUAUCUUUAUGCAGAGUCUUCAUUUCUGUCUUCAACAGCUGGUGAUAUUCUACUGGGAAGUGUUCAUGGUGACAUCACCAUUGAAACCAAAACAGGAAACAUCACAGUAGAUUCAGCGGAUGGAUGUCUAAAAGCUUCUACACAUCAGGGGAUGAUAGAUGUUUAUGUCAGUCAAGGAAAAAACAUAGAUCUGAAAUCCCAAAAAGGCUCUAUUACAAUCAAGGUCCCUGCCUCUUUUAAAGCUUAUUUACAGCUAUCUGGAAGUAAGGUGGACGUGAGCUCAGAGAUUGAGUUAAAGGAAAUCCAAAGUGCCCCCAAAGAUGGUCACAUAACUAUUACUGGUCGCAUGAAUCAACCGAAUGACACAGACCAACGGAUUAAGGCUACCACACAAAAUGGCUCCGUACAUCUUAAAAGCCAAAGCUGGUUCCAGUCCAUCAAGCUGCAAGUUCCUUGAAGAACAGGCCAAAGGUUUGUGUUCCUGAAUUUUUCUCAGAAGUGUUCUGCAUUGACACUUGAAAAUAAAGACCAAAGCCAAAACAAUUAUUUCUGAGUCUUGCACUACUGGUCUUCAUCUUGCUUUGAAAGAAAAAAAAUCAGUUGUGAACCUGGGAAUUUACUGGAUGUCAUGGCUGACUGCAUAAUACUGACUAAGCAAUGGGAAGAGUUUGCUGCUCCAGCCUGAGAGCGGCAAUUUCAUUUAAACUUUCUUCUCCUCCCUCAUUGAAAAGGCAGAUCACUGAAGACCGUGGAUUUGGUUCUGAGGUUGUCCAGAGUCAAUUCUCUCCCUGGAUCACUGCCCUUUGUUCUCAUAAGAGUAGCUGUUUAUUGGAACACACAAAAUAACUGUGACUCCUUUUGUCCUGAGCAGUUAGUUCCCAACGUUAGCAGCUUUGUGAGUUGCUUAUACCAGCAAUUAAUGGGAGAAUCAAGUACUACUUUGUUGUGAUCCUUUUAAUUAUAAUAUAUGCUCACAAGUCCUGUUUCUCUAAACACAGUAGGAUCAAACAGAGCUUCACACAAAAUACUGUCUUCACACCCUCUUGGAGCCAUGUUAUGAGCACUUCUUUUGCUCUAUCUGCUUUCAGACCACUUUUCUCUUAGCUUUCUAAUACUCGUUUUUUUCUGAGGGUGGACAGAGAGCUACAACUCUUCUAAUUCUGUCCAUUUCUGGCUCCACUGUAAGUUGUCUGUGCUGGCUGAGCAAUACCACAUCUUGCAUUUGUGCAGGGGUUGGAAGAGAUGAUCCUGAGGUACCUUCCAACUCUGUGAUUCUGUUAUGUAUAUCACAGACAGUUAACAUUACUGGGAGAGAGAUUUUCAUCUUGUGAACCUGAACUUUAAUUACUGCAGUGGGUGUGCAUGUGGCUAGCUGAUGCCACAAAGAUUGUAUCUGGUCACAAAACACUGUCCUUGAUGAGAGCUAAUCCUGGCAGGUGCUGAGGUCUGUGCAAAUUCAAGAUGUUUGUCCCUUCAUUGGGGCUGGCUGAGGCCCCAUUUAGCAUAACGGUGACGCCGGACCCAUUUACAUUCCGGAGCAGUAUCCAGUGCUGUCUUCAUGCAUGCUCCUCGCUACUGAAAAAUGAAGGCGGCUUGAAUCAUCAUCUGAAAUUUAACCUGAAGUGAAAGUUAGUAAUUCUGUUUCUCUGCAGUAACUGUAAAUGAAGUAGGGCUGUCAAACAAUUAAAAAAAUUAAUUGCAACUAAUCGUGAGAUGAAAAAUUCCAUUUGUGAUUAAUCACAAUAUUAAUUGCAUAGUUAAACAAUAAUAAAAUCCCAAUUUGUUAUAAACAUUUUUGGAUGUUUUUCUAUAUUUUCAGAUAAAUUGAUUUCAGUUACAAUACAGAAUACAAA